AUGCUGUGGGAGGAAGUGUCAAAAAGCCUUCCUAAAGUCAAGGAGCAGGAGCUCCACUACCUCGUGGCCACUGCAAGCAAGGCUGACACUGAUUAUGACACCCCUAGUCAUUUCUGCCUUCUUUGCAGGUUCCAGGUCCAGGAAAGUGUCACCCUUCUUGACCUGUCCUGCUUAGCUGUGCUCUCCUCCAAAGCGCAGAGGCAGCAAAUGUCCAACAGCAGCUCCCUCAAUGAGUUCCUUCUCCUGGGCUUUGCAGACAGGCGGGAGCUGCAGCUCUUGCACUUCUCGCUCUUCCUGGGCAUCUACCUGGCUGCCCUCCUGGGCAACAGCCUCAUCAUCACAGCUGUAGCCUGUGACCACCACCUCCACACCCCCAUGUACUUCUUCCUCCUCAACCUCUCCCUCCUCGACCUCGGGUUCAUCUCCACCACUGUCCCCAAAUCCAUGGCCAAUUCCCUGUGGGACACCAGAGUCAUUUCCUACACAGGAUGUGCUGCCCAGGUCUUUUUCUUUGUCUUCCUAAUUUCAGCAGAGUAUUGUCUCCUCACUGUCAUGUCCUAUGACCGCUUUGUUGCCAUCUGCAAACCACUGCACUACAGCACACUCAUGGGCAGCAGAGCUUGUGUCAAAAUGGCAGCAGCUGCCUGGGCCAGUGGUUUCCUCUAUUCCGUGCUGCACACUGGGAACACAUUUUCCAUACCACUCUGCCAAGGCAACACCAUGGACCAGUUCUUCUGUGAAAUCCCCCAGAUCCUCAAGCUCUCCUGCUCAGACGUCUACCUCAGGGAAGCUGGGCUUAUUGUGGUUAGUAUCUGUUUAGCUUCAGUGUGUUUCAUUUUCAUUGUGCUGUCCUACGUGCAGAUCUUCACUGCUGUGCUGAGGAUCCCCUCUGAGCAGGGCCAGCACAAAGCCUUUUCCAUGUGCCUCCCGCACCUGGCCGUGGUCUCCCUGUUUGUCAGCACUGUCAUGUUUGCCUACCUGAAGCCCUCCUCCAUCUCCUCCCCAGCUCUGGAUCUGGUGAUGUCCGUUCUGUACUCAGUGGUGCCUCCAGCAGUGAACCCCCUCAUCUACAGCAUGAGGAACAAGGAGCUCAAGGAGAGGUCAAUACUGGAGCCAAUGCUGUUUGUCUUUGUGAAUGAUUUAGAUGGUGGGAUGGAGUGGACUCUCAGCCAGUUCAUCAAUGAUGCCUAA